AUGGCUAUCAUUCGUUCACCAAUGUGGUGCUUUACUAAAAUAUCAAUUCUUAAAUGGCUUCAAUUGGUAUGUUCUCUGGUGAUUAUCAUUUUUAUCAGUGAUGGAAGAUAUCAAUGGUUCAUAUACACAGUUAUCUUCUUCAUUUCUGUCUUACUUAUCCUAUGCACCUCGUUGACAUUACUGAUGCAUUACAUUGGUAUAAAGAAUAUUUACAAUAUUGAAGUGAUAUUUAAUUUAAUAGCAUUUUCCUUAUCUUUAUUAGCUGGUUCAGUAUUAACCUAUGACCUGAUAAAAAUGGUUUCUGGUAGUUUUACGCAUCAUCGAUAUCUUCCACCAACAAAUAUUGGUAAAGAUAGUUGGAAGAAUCGAAUUGCUGUUUAUAUUUCUGCUUCUGAAGACGCUAUUUUAUCAGGCAUCAUUUAUAUUAAUCAAACAUAA